CUCUCUCUAAAAUUUAUUUCUCUCUCCUAAAAAAUUCUGGUUUCUGGUUACCUCUCACUCUUCUCUUCUUCCCCCCUCCUUUCUUUUUCUUUUUUUUCUUCUUUCUCACAAAACAAAACCCUACCCACACUCUCACUCUCUUCAGUCUCUGUUCCCUGAAAACUUGCGCUUAUUUACCAUUCUGCCCCCCUUUUCCGCGUCGCAAUAUUUAAUCUAUGUUUUUCGGUUUUUGAGAGCAUUGCGAUGGUUUCGCGGAUCUACAAGUUUGGUUCUUUCAACGAAAAUUGAGAGAGAGAGAGAGAGAUUCGGUUUCGGUUUCUCUCUGUUUUUCUUCUUCUUCUUCUUCUUCUUCUUCUGUUUUCGGUUGUGAAAACUGUUUUUGUGUUGUUGUGAGGUUUGGAAUAUAUGUCCUUCAAUCAAUCAAAGUCGGAGAAGAACGACGCGGUUUAUCGAAAAACCGGGCGAUCCGCCAGCUUCAAUCAGCAGAGAGGAGGCUCCUAUGGCAGGGGUGGCGGCGGCGGCGGGGCCGCGCCGUCGAGCAGUUCACUCUCCUUUAGCCGGAGUUUUAACAAGAAGUCUAAUAAUGCACAAGGUGGGCAAUCUAGGGUAAACCCCCCAGGGCAUUCAACAGAGUCCAAUAGUGCAUCUACUGCCCAAACCAUUAAUGGUUCCCAUGUACAGCCACAAUUACAUGGAGCAUCAGAUGGGCCAGCUACAAAGUCAUCUGAAUCACCAGCUGCUCAUAGGAGUGCUGGAAUUCUUCCAAAAGCUCCAACUUCUCUACAGGCCCCCUUGAUUUCUGAUCCACUCCCUCCCUCAAGCCCUGCUAAGGGAGAUGCGUCUAAGGCAUUCCCUUUUCAAUUUGGAUCCAUUACUCCUGGCUUUGUUAAUGGGAUGGCUAUUCCUGCUCGUACAAGUUCAGCUCCUCCUAAUUUAGAUGAGCAGAAGCGUGAUCAGGCUCUUCACGACUCUUACAAAUCUGUGCCUUCAGUGCCAAUUCCUCCUGUUCCAAAGCAGCAGCAACCACCUAGGAAAGAUGCUGGCGUCUCUGAGCAAUCUAAUGCAGGGGACAGUUGGGAGAAUCAUCUAGGGUUUAAGGCAAAAAAGGAUCCUCAUGUGUCAGCUUUGACCCCGGCAAGCCAGAUGCCUAAGUCCUCUGUUCCUGUAACUGGGAUUUCAAUGUCAACUCCAUAUCACCAGUCACAGGCUCCUUUACAGUUUGGCGGUGCUAAUCCACAGAUUCAAUCUCAGGGUAUGUCAGCGGCAUCCCACCAGAUGCCUAUACCGAUGCCUUUACCAAUUGGCAAUGCUACACAGGUGCAACAGCCAGUUUUUGUUCCAGGUCUUCAACCUCAUCCAAUGCAUCCUCAGGGGAUCAGGCAUCAAGGCCAAAACAUGAGUUUUGCUCCUCAAAUGGGUCAUCAGUUGCCCCAUCAAUUAGGUAGCAUGGGCAUUGGUAUCGGCCCUCCAUAUCCCCAGCAGCAAGGAGGAAAAUUUGCUGCUCCUCGAAAAACUACUGUAAAGAUAACUCAUCCUGAGACACACGAAGAGCUGAGGCUUGAUAAAAGGACAGAUGCAUAUUCAGAUGGUGGGUCAUCUGGUGCUAGGUCACAUCCUAACAUACCUUCUAAGUCACCUGGUAAAUCUUUUCCGGCUUCUCAUCCUGCGAACUACUAUUCUUCCAGCUCAUACAAUACCAAUUCUCUCUAUUAUCCACCUAGUUCUCUUCCAUUAACAAGUAACCCGAUGUCUCCUAAUUCUCAGCCACCAAUAUUUAAUUUUACUGUGAAUCAUGGUCCGCAAGGCGUGAAUUUCAUGAAUUCAUCAUCACGUGGUUCCCCAUCUAUUAAUAAAGCUAGCACUCCAACAGAGGAUGCAUCUCUGACCAUUAAGCCAAGUGGUACGUCUGCUAUUGUGGACUCAUCAUUGUCCAAUUCCAGUAUUUCUGAUGUUCAAAAUACAGAAUCCCCUAGUUCAACAGCAUCUUGUGAUGCUAGCUCCUCUGUGCUGCAAAAAGGGUCUGAAACUUGUUUGGAAAUCUUUUUACAACAGCACAAGUUGUCUAGUGAUUCUGUCCCAGUUGUGUCUAAUAAUGAAGGCAGGAGGGAAUCUCUUAGUAGGUCCAACUCUUUGAAGGAUAAGAAACCAGGGAAGAAAGAUCAAUUAUCACAGCAUCAGGUUUCUGUACAAUCUCCCACAGCGGAUAAUAUGCCUUCUCAUGCUGUUGACCAUGGUAUAUCUGAUACUGGAGUUUCCAAACCUGUAGGAACUAAAACAAACCAUUCUGCGGAAAUUACCACUGAAGACCUUCCAACAUCUAAUACAAUACCUAGUAGCACUUCUACUGCUGAAGUGAAAACCAAUGGGUCUGCAGAAGUUUCUACUUUUGUAUCUGGUGCACAAACUGUUGACAGAGUGCACAAUAGUAAUCCUGAUAAGAUAGAUGAAUUAGCUGAAGGUAAACAACUAAAGCAUUAUGAUGAAAGUGAUGAGCCAUCAUCUCCUGAAGGAUACAAAUCAAAUAUGUACUUUAAUGGAACAGAAAUUAAACUAACUGAAAAAGAUGCUGCAAUUGUAAGCACUGUCUUAACAGGAAUACUGGAUGAAUCUGCAAGUUAUAAUGCAAAAUGUGUAAUAGGUGAUAAUUUAGGGACAUGUACUACUACCACAUUGCAUUAUUCUAGGGAUGUCUCUUUUAGAACAAAUGAUAGUGUAGUUACUAAUAGAUUUGUUUCAGGAAAAUUUGGCAUAUCAGAUCUGCAGUCUGCUGAUCUUCCAGAGACAACAUCAAUGCAUGUCAAGGAUGCCUCAGAGAAUACUGGCGGUGAGUCAGGUACCAAGGAUAGACCAACUAUAGAACCAAAUAAGGUGAAAACUACAUCUAAAGGGAAGAAGAAAAGAAGAGAGAUACUUCAGAAAGCAGAUGCUGCUGGGUCAACAUCUGAUCUUUAUAAUGCAUACAAGGGACCUGAGGAAAUGAAAGAAGCUGUCUUAAGUUCUGAGAGCACAGAAAGUACCACCACUUUGAAGCAGUUGCCAAAAGAUGCUGCUCAGUCAGAUGCUUUAGCAAGUGAAAAGUGUGGUCACAGUAAAGCUGAACUCGAUGACUGGGAGGAUGCUGCUGACAUGUCUACCCCCAAACUGGAGGUUCAUGAUAAAUCUCAACAAGCUGGUGAUGGAAGUGGAAGUACAGCCAAAAAGUAUUCACGUGAUUUCCUUCUGAAAUUUGCAGAGCAGUGCAUGGAUCUUCCUGAAGGUUUUGAAGUCACCACAGACAUUGAAUCUUUGAUGAGUGCCAAUAUUGGUAGUUCUCAUGUUUUCGAGCGUGAUUCACAUCCUAGUCCUGGAAGAAUUGUAGAUAGACCAGGUGGGAUGUCUCGGAUGGAUCGCCGUGGGGAUGUGGUAAUGGAGGAUGACAGAUGGAGUAGAGUUUCUGGUGCUUUUCGUUCUGGACGUGGUUUGGAUGGCAUUGGAGGUAAUGUGGGAUUCCGAUCUGGCCAAGGAGGCAAUUUUGGUGUCUUAAGGAACCCUCGUGCACAGACACCACCACAAUAUGUUGGAGGGAUCCUUUCUGGGCCAAUGCAAUCAGUGGGAAAUCAUGGUGGAAGAAAUAAUCCUGAUGGGGAGAGGUGGCAGCGUUCUGCUAGCUUCCAGCAGAGGGGUUUAAUUCCUUCUCCUACCCAAACUCCUUUACAGAUGAUGCACAAAGCUGAGAAUAAGUAUGAGGUGGGUAAAGCAACAGAUGUGGAAGAGGUAAAGCAGAGGCAGUUGAAGGCUAUCUUGAACAAACUAACUCCGCAGAAUUUUGAUAGACUUUUUGAACAGGUGAAAGCAGUUAAUAUUGACAAUGCAGUCACCCUCACUGGUGUCAUCUCACAAAUCUUUGAGAAGGCUCUGAUGGAACCUACCUUUUGUGAAAUGUAUGCCAACUUUUGUUUUCAUCUGGCUUCUGAGUUGCCUGAUUUUAGUGAGGACAAUGAAAAGAUAACCUUUAAAAGGUUAUUAUUAAACAAGUGCCAGGAGGAAUUUGAGAGGGGUGAAAGAGAAGAAGAAGAAGCAAAUAAGGCUGAUGAGGGUGAGGUUAAGCAGUCUGCUGAGGAAAGAGAAGAAAGAAGAGUUAAGGCUAGAAGACGCAUGUUGGGAAACAUCAGAUUGAUUGGAGAACUAUACAAGAAGAAAAUGUUGACAGAGAGAAUAAUGCAUGAGUGUAUCAAGAAGUUACUGGGUCAGUAUCAGGAUCCAGAUGAAGAAGACAUUGAAGCUUUGUGCAAGCUGAUGAGUACUAUUGGGGAGAUGAUUGACCAUCCAAAAGCCAAGGUACAUAUGGAUGCAUAUUUUGAAAGGAUGAAAUUAUUGUCAAACAACAUGAAUUUAUCUUCUAGGGUGAGGUUCAUGUUGAAAGAUUCCAUUGAUUUGAGAAAGAAUAAAUGGCAACAAAGGAGGAAAGUAGAAGGUCCAAAGAAGAUUGAGGAGGUGCACAGGGAUGCCGCUCAGGAGAGGCAGGCCCAAGCUGGUAGGCCAGGUCGCGGUCUUGGUAACAAUCAAUCAGCUAGACGGAAUCCCAUGGAUUUUGGUCCAAGAGGAUCUAUGCUGUCUUCUCCCAAUUCUCAAAUGGGUGGAUUGCGUGGUCUUCCUACUCAAGUUCGUGGGUAUGGUGCUUCUCAGGAUGCUCGAUUUGAGGAACGACAAUCUUAUGAGGCUAGGACCUUGUCGGUUCCUUUGCCUCAAAGACCCUUAGGAGAUGAUUCUAUAAACUUGGUACCCCAAGGUGGUCUCGGUAGGGGAAUGUCUACGAGAGGAUCAACAGCAAUUUCCAAUUUGCCAAUAUCUGAUGUGCUUCCUGUCCAUGGAAACUCUCAUAGAAUGAAUAUAGGUCUUAAUGGUCACAGCAAUUUAUCGGAGUGCACACCAUAUAGCUCAAGGGAGGAUCUUGUUUCAAGAUAUGGUAAUGUUAGGUCUUCAGGGCCAUCUGCUUAUGAUCAAUCAAGUGCUCCAGAGCGUAAUGUAAACCAUGAUAACAGAGACUGGAGGAGUGCAGAUCGGAAUCUUGAACCUCCUGCUCAUUUGCAAGGGUCAAUGGUCUCUCAGAAUGCUUCUUCAGAGAAGAUUUGGCCAGAAGAACGACUGAGGGACAUGUCCUUGUCAGCAAUAAGAGAAUACUACAGUGCUAGAGAUGAGAACGAACUUGCUUUAUGUGUCAAAGAUUUGAACUCUCCGAGCUUCCAUCCUUCCUUGGUUUCUCUCUGGGUCACGGAUUCAUUUGAGAGAAAGGAUGCGGAAAGAGAUCUUUUGGCCAAACUACUUGUCAACCUUGUGAAAUCUCAGCAUGGAACCUUGAAUCAAGUUCAGCUCAUUAAAGGGUUUGAAUCUGCUCUCAGUACAUUGGAGGAUGCUGUUAAUGAUGCUCCCAGAGCAGCAGAGUUUCUUGGCCGAAUUUUUGCAAAAGCCAUAACAGAGAAUGUAGUUUCUUUGAAGGAGAUUGGGCAGUUAAUACAUGAUGGUGGAGAGGAGCCAGGUAGUCUCUUAGAAGUUGGACUUGCAGCUGAUGUUCUUGGAAGCACUUUGGAGGUAAUUCAAAGCGAGAAGGGGGACGCGGUUCUAAACGAGAUGCGUUCAGACUCUAACUUGAGGUUGGAAACUUUCCGGCAACCUAAUGCUAAAACAUCAAGGAAGUUGGAAAAAUUUAUUUAGAUGCCAGUGAUGGUUAUUGUAUGUUUUUUUUUUUUUUUUUUGUGUAGAGGGGAAAAGUUAUUUGGCUAGUGCUUUUUUGGGGUACUCAAUUUUGCAGAGAAUGGUUUUCUCCGUGAGAUGGGUGGAUAGGGUUUUAUAUCUGGGAUUUUCUGUCUUUAUAUUAUUUUUCCGACAUCUUCACUGCAAUUGUAAAAAGGUUCAAUUGAGCAUCAGAAAUUUUAGGCGUAGCUGCUAUGCCUGCUUGAUGACCUUUACAUAUUUCUUUGUAGAUAUAAAAGGUUCAAUGAGCAUCAAGAAUUUUAUUUUCGUAUCGUUUUUGGUUGUAUUUCAUUAAUGCUUGUAAAAUGAAAUGCAAUAGAGAAAAUAAGAGAAGUAGUUUUAUGCU